AUGCUAACUGACAAGCACUGUUUGGCCAGAGAGAGUGCAUCUUCCUUUCUGUCUGACUUUUAUAAAGCAAUAUACCUUUGGUUUUUUAACUCGUUUCUUAAAAAUAUUAUUUUUCAUUCAAUAUUAUUUUGUACUAGAGGCCCGAUGCACGAAAUUCAUGCAAGGACCUUGGCCGCAGCUGGGGGCCUCUGCCACCUCUGCCGCCUCUGCCUCAGCCCCCGCCCGCUGCAGCUUUGUCCAAAAGGAAGGAUCUCUGGCCUAAUUAGCAUAUUACCCUUUUAUUAUUAUAGAUUAGUUUCAGAUGGGGCAACCACAGUGGUGGUUAGACAGUCAUAG